UAAAUCAGAGCUAGAUAAGAUUUUAACAACUCUGAGCUAUUAGUUAAGUUCUCCCCAAACGAGCUUGAUGGGCCGAAUGGCCUUCUCUCGUUUGUAAAUUUUUUAUGUUCUUAUUAUUCCAUUUGUACCAGUACAAGUACAGGCACAUAGGAAUUUCACAUAUCUCAUCUUGUUCUUGUUCAAAUACGUACAUCGACAAGAAUGGCGUCUGCCUGAAGCCCCAGAUGCGGCGAUCUGUUCUAUUGCGGGAUUUUAACGGUAUAGAUGGAAGUUUGAGAAGAAGCUUUACUUCUAUUUUUCGCAAGUAUUUCAAUAUUAACUUUCGUUUUUCAGCACGGUCAUUAAAAUUAACAAAUGCUUCUGGAGUGCAAAGUAAAUUAAUGAUUUGUUUUUGUCACACACACACGAGCAGCAGGGAACGUCUGGGGAAUCCCGCCGGAAGCCCACGGAAGUGACGCGUGUUUGGAGUGAAGAAAGUCACCUGCUUGGCCAUUAAUGCUUGAAACUCUCAUUCAUGCAUUCGGAGUUUCACAUUUAUUAUUUUAAUAUUCAGCCAAGAAGCCGUACUUGAAUGUGCGGAGAGUAUCAUUUUAUUUCAGAUUGUGUCUUGGCUGGGCCAUGUCACCUUGAAGGGGUACUAGAUAUUCAGAAUUCAAAACCUUCACAGUACAACUUUCAAAAAUAUAGCGCAUAUUGUGCUAAACACAACUGUAUGCCAAUGAGACUUUUACAAAAUAGAAGAAACCCAAACAUAAAAGAAAGAUUCUUAUGGAUAUAUUAGGCUGAUACACCUGUUACUGUAUAUCGGUGUUUAAGGUAUAGGGUGACCAGAUAAUCCAUGUCAGGGAGGACACUCUGAGCUAGGACAGGAAUUGUAAAUUACCAUUUCAAUUAAACGGACCUGCUGGCAAAACCAGGAAAUGCAGCUAUGGCAAAUAAAAUAGAAUAAAAAUCUAUUGCUGCAAGUUUCGAAUGUCGCGAAGCUCGAACUGUCAAAAAUGUGCAUAAUACAAUAUAAUUUAUUUUUAUAUUUUGUCAUAGGUAUCCUAUAUCUGCAAUUAGCGUGUGAUAACUUUUUGCCAACCGUAAUUCAACUAGUACGAAUCAUAAAAACGUUUAGAUUAUUAAUGUCUCUUCUGUAUGGUCGCGAAAACUCUCUUGCACUAAAUAAUAUCAGAAGCAGAGAAGCGGAUGUUAGCAAUAUUAUGAACAAGUCUGCACGUCCACUUCAGUGUCCUCUAUAAUGGAGCAUAUUUAGCCACCGGCUGAUUCCACCAUGCUGUGCUAAAAAUGCUACCGGGGAUUAUCGCUGCCCGAAGCCGUCAGACAACUGGUGACCGACAUCACACUUUCUCCACACGUUACACUCCCCAUCCAUAGCCAUAAUACAGUACGUCAGGAAGCAUCCUCUCUUGUUAUAAUACAAUCCGGUGCCUUGUGUUCUAGCUGCACAUAAUUUAUUUGCAGAUGAUUAUUAUUCUCAUCUUUAAAUAUUCACGUUUAGUCUCACAUUCUGCUCCUCAAGAUUUUACAUCCAUUUGUGUACUAUGUACUUUUUAAAUCUGCUGCAGUGUGUUUACUUUGCUCGCGCCAUGUGUACAGUCUUCGUACCUUGUCUAUUUGGCAUUAUCUGCAUUAUUUGCAUGUUUGUAUGCACCAGGCAAUACAGUCAAUCAAAACCUAAAUUGGGUCUUAUAUCAUUUAUAGAGAUGAUUUAUUCCCAUGCUUGUGUAUUGUUAAAACAUAAUUUCUGUAUUUACAUACCAUCCGAGUAUUGAGUGUACAUAGUAAUAUAAUUAGGUACUGAGGUUAGAAUACGCAUUCUAUCUAGGUUUGUGUAUGUUGAACAGGUUUAGUUUUAAUUAAUUUGUAUAGAAUAGAACAGUGCAAAAACGCAGUUUCAGACAACAGUCUUUGUCUAUGUUAGCAAUGUUAAUAUAUGUAUAUGUAAUCUAUGUGUCUAUGCGUACUCUAGAUUUUUUAUUUAUGUUUCUAACUGAAUCUAAGCAAAACCUUGAUAUUACACCUCACUAUAGGCCUACUUAUGCCUAAAUCACACUAACUGCUGACCUGUUUCACUAAUACAAUUUGACUUAAAAUCAUAAUAAUCGCCAAACUACUCGCUCAAACUAACAACGCCGCAAACACCUACGCACCGAUUUUUUCCGGGUUUUUUUUUUAUAUAGGUUUUUAUUCUCGCCGUGAACAAUGACACGGCGGUCAAGUGACUGAUGUUUCGAAACAUUUCGUAAACUCCGUAUCGCGAUCAGAAGUUUCGGACGUCUUCGGAACAGAUCGAUCCUGGGUGCCGAAAUUGCCAUCUCUACCAGAUCGUCUCUAUAGAAAGGAUCAGCGGCACAUGUACAGAUGGAAUGUUCUACAUAAAAUACUUGCAAAACAACUUCGAUUGUUAGCCCCCAGGGUGCAGCUCCCAGGGCGAUCGUGGCAGGUAUCGUACGUACAAAGGGCCCGGAAUGGCUGCUGAAGUGCGCGAGGGCGCCGUGUAGAAGGGGAGCGCAAAUGACUUGUCAUGCACGCGCUACAUCAACACAGCGGGAUGAGCCAAACUAUCGCUUUACAGCAUCAAAGCUGUACAUUUGAAUCCUGCCCCAGACCCAUCUCGGCAUUUUGCAUAUUCCCCUAGUGUAAGAACACAAACAAAGAUAUUCAUAAGCUAACUAAAUUCCUGGAAUUAUUUGAAUGCUUGUGAAGGAAGUGAUUUGUGUCGCAAGCUGCACAAUUCUUCAGAAUAAGAUUAUUUUGAAAUGCGCGUGACUUUCUCAUCCUGAGUUGUGGUUAUUACAACAUUAACGUAUCGCGUGUGUGUCACUGAGGGAGUACAAGGUGCAUGAUGUCUGACUUUUUAUAAUGCGACUAAUUAAAUUACAGGAAACAUUCCCCAUGUGAAAACGAAACGAAAAAAUGUCACAAAACGAGGUAGCAGAUGUCUAACAAAAUUUAGUUUCGUUUAAAUUCAAUAUUAAAUAAAUGCAAACCCACAUUGAUGUCUGGCUAUUAUUCUUUGCCAUUUAUAGAGAUAAAUGUAAACUUAAAAUAUGUUAUGGGACUUGCUUGGUAGGAGUGCUGUCUGAAUGCUGGAAGUCAUGGCUCCUCCCCCAUGUUGAAUCGGACCUAACCCAGGUUACUCAGAGCUCCUGGGUUCCCCGCAGGACGGCCGCGACACCCUCCCUCGGCUGCAGCCCUAUUAGGAACGCACAGACGGAAUUCCCCUUCUACUGAUGAAAAGGACGUGAAAUCCUGAAAGGGGAAAGACCUUUGCCACCACCUCUGGAUAAAAGGCUGCUCACUCUUGUGUACAGCCCCCCAACAGCAUGGAGAAGGGAUCAGCACCACCUAUGGACAUGGCUCCCCCAUACCCCGGCCCCCCCCUCGCUGGCUACGAAGGCAUGGCUGCACCCCCUUACCCAGGGAUCCCGCCUGGGCCCCAGCCUGGCUACUACCAAGCAGGUCCCUGUCCUGGCAUGUACCCUCCUCAGUAUCCCGCCAACCCACCUGCCCCUCCCCUAACUCAAGUGGUGACCCAGGUGGUGGUGGUCGCCAAUGGCCUGACAGCCGUACCAGGACAGACCACCUGUCCGCACUGCCAGCAGCUGGUGGUCACCAGGACGGUGCACAGCACGGGCCUGCUCACCUGGCUCAUCAGCGGUGGUCUCUGCCUCUUCGGGUGCUGGCCCUGCUGCCUAAUUCCCUUCUGCGUGGACGACUGCAAGGAUGUGGAGCACUACUGCGGCAACUGCAACAGGCUGAUCUACAUCUACAAGCGCAUGUAAAGCUGCUAAUUGCAGUCCUGCGUUUUUAGGCCUUUAGCCCCCUAAGCUUUUUAUGUAAAAUUAGGUUUUUAUAUAUGUUUGUCAUCGCCCCCCCCCCCCCCAUCUACACAGCCCUGCAUGCCAUCGUGUCUUUCUGCUGCUCUUCCUUUAAAGCCUGUACUGUAUAAACCUGAAAUGUUAAUCUUUCUAAAUAUUUUAUUAAAUAAUAAAGAUAAGAUAAAAUUAA